UCAAGCAAUAUUUGUGCAAUUACAUAAUUGAUAAGCCGGUAGACCGAUUGUUGAACAUUAAAAAACGAUCGCCCAUUGUUUUAAGUUAAUAACUGUGAUUUUAAAAAUCAACUUAGUGAGUUGUGGGUGAAAUGGGCCCCCCGACGAUGGGGCCCGGAGGAUUUGUGCUGUGGGUGCUAACCGGGACUUUUUGUGCAGGACUGAUUUUUGAAAAACCUGUUUAUCAAGGGCUCUACACAAAUCAGCUAUGGGAAGCACACCAAACGAUACCAAUCAAAGUGAAAGAAAAUGGAGAUGUUUCGCAUGAUUUGAAUCACCAUCACUCCAAUACUGAGGAGUUUGUGAGGUUUAAUCUCUCUAUAUUUGAUGAAGAACACCACCUCAUUUUAACGCCCAGCGUGGAGUUUUUGGCACCAAGUUUUGUAGUGGAAUGGAGAAGCAAAGAAAGGCAUGUGAGGAGAAAACCGAAAGAAACCAGCAAAAUUUGCCAUUAUCAGGGAUUUGUUCAUGGCGAUCCACACAGUCGAGUGGCGAUUUCUGCAUGUAAUGGACUGGCUGGCAUGAUACAACUGAAAAAAGGAAAAUAUUUUGUUGAGCCCGCUUACCAUCCAGACAAAUCGAUUGUUCCAGGCCAUAAGCAUCUAAUAUACAAAAGAUCAGCUGUUAUUAAUAGCAUACCCGAUACCAAAUUGGCAAAGAAGAGAAAGAAAAAGAAAAAAAAGAAAUUUCAUCAUCAGUCAAACUGCGGAACAAGGGAUCCAAAACGACUGACAGAAAUAGAAUGGCAAAAGCAACUGGGCAAAGUUAAAGUGCAAGAAAAAAAGCACAAACAUUCUAAGGCUCAGAAGAAAUUUAAAAUAGCCAGCAUAAAACACUCCCGGAUGAAGACGUUGAAGUACAAGCACAUUAACAAUGUAAGGGAACGGCGCUCAAUAAGUCAACCCCAUUUUGUAGAAACAGCAAUUGUUGCUGACUCAAGCAUGGGAGAAUUUCACCAGGAUGGAGACAUUGAAACAUACAUUUUGACUUUGAUGAAUAUGGUAUCCUCGUUUUAUCAAGACCCGAGCAUUGGAAAUUACAUUAAAGUGGCAGUUGUGAAAAUAUUCCUUCUCGACUAUCUAUCAGAUGAGCCGGAAUUUAAUUCUACCACUAAUGCUGAUGUAACAUUGAAGAACUUCUGCAAAUGGCAAAGAGAUCUGAACCCCAAAGAUGAUUCUGAUCCGCAACAUCACGAUGUGGCUAUUCUACUGACAAGAAAAGAUAUUUGCGCCAGACAAGAUACUCCUUGUGGGACUUUGGGGGUGGCACACAUUGGAGGAAUGUGCAAAGCAUCCAGAAGUUGCAGUGUGAACGAAGACAGUGGAAUAACGUCAGCGCAUACCAUAGCCCAUGAAAUGGGGCAUAACUUUGGCAUGCUGCACGAUACGGAAAAAAUUGGAUGCAAGAGAAAAGUUGGAAACAAAGUCCACAUUAUGACUCCGGCAUUUGAAGCCGAUGCAGUUCAAGUGAGCUGGUCGAAUUGCAGCAGACGAGAAGUUACCAACUUUUUGGACAAAGGACUUGGAAGUUGCCUGCAGGACAAACCGGAGGAAAACACCGAAUACGAAUAUCCAAAAUUGCCAGCAGGCGCAAUGUAUAAUGCCAAUUACCAAUGCAGAUUGCAGUUUGGCACUCCGGAUGCCACCGUGUGCACCCAACUGGAUGAAAUUUGCUCCCGGCUUUGGUGCACAGUUAACGAUUCUUGUACGACUCUCUUAAGACCGGCCGCACCAGGAACUUACUGCGCCAAACACAAGUGGUGCCAAGAUCAGAAAUGUGUUCCAAUGAUGGACCCCCCAGUUGCUAUAGAUGGAGGAUGGGGCGAGUGGGGCAGCUGGUCAGAAUGUUCCAGAACUUGCGGAUCUGGAGUGUCGAUCAUGAGCCGAGAGUGCGAUCAUCCGAUGCCAACAGCCGGCGGAAAAUUUUGCGUUGGUGAACGAAAAAGGUACAAAAUUUGCAACACGGAUCCCUGUCCAGAAGGCGAACCAACUUACAGAGCUCUGCAAUGUUCCUGGUACGACAACAAAACGUACGAAGGGAAGAAAUAUGAGUGGCAGCCGUAUUUCGACCAAGCUGAUCCGUGUCAACUUUACUGUAGUGAUGCCAAUGAAACAAUUAUAGUCCCAUGGGGCGAUUAUGCGGCCGAUGGCACUCCUUGCAACGUAGUUUCCAGAGACGUUUGCAUUUCGGGAAUUUGCAAGAAAGUUGGAUGUGAUUGGGUUGUGGAUUCCACUUCCGAAGAAGACGAAUGUGGAAUCUGUCAGGGCGAUGGAACUAAAUGCGACAUAAUACAAGGAGAGUACAAGAAACAAAGUGGAGUAACAGGAUAUAGAGAAAUAGUGGUAAUUCCGAGUGGGGCCCGAAACAUUUUUGUGGCUGAAAACGAUCAGUCUGAGAAUUAUAUUGGGCUAGAAAAUGCAGUGGAGAAAAAGUACUACUUAAAUGGGAAAAGGCAUAUAACACUUCCAGGAGAAUAUAAUGUUGCUGGCGCCCAAGCGCUCUAUGAAAGAGAACACAAUUUGGAAAAAAUUCGAAUUCCUGGACCCAUACAUGAACCAAUCCUAGUUUCGAUUUUCUUCAGGGGCAAAGUGUACAAUCCAGGAGUCACUUGGAAAUAUUCAAUUUGGAAACCCGAAGUUACUAAACAAGUGAAAUAUGAAUGGAUUAUGGAGGAAUGGUCUCAAUGUUCAGCUACAUGUGGAGGAGGAACGCAAUACUCGAAACCAUUAUGCCAAGAAAGCACUGUGUCCCCUGUCGCUGCCGAUCUGGAAGGACCGAACAUUGUAGCUGAAGAAAUGUGCCUGGACAUGACUAAACCCGAAAAAAUGGUUAGAACUUGUAAUGACGAUCCCUGUCCUUACAAAUGGUGGGUCGGACCUUGGCAAACCUGCCCUAGCACUUGUUAUGAUGGGGGUAAAAAACCUAUGAGAAGAAGAAAUGUGAUGUGCAUGGAUGGGCAAGAAAUGGCUCUUCAAGACCAGUAUUGCGACAGAGGAGCGAAGCCCCACGAAUAUGAACCUUGCAAGAAGUUAUUACCAUGCGCUGCUUAUGAAAGAUAACAACACAUAAAAAUAUUACUGAAUCCGAUUCGCAAAGGCUCGAAAUUUAGUUUUCCCAUCGCAAAAUGAUUGGGAGUAACGUGCGCUUUAAAAAUAAUUAAUAACUACAUUAUGGAUUGCAAUACUGUGUAUUUGGUCAUGUUAUCAACUAAUUUUUUUUACGUAUUUAUAAUAUGUAUUGUAUUGGUAAUUAAUACUUAUUUAGAUAUUUUGAUAUCGUUGAACUGUAAUUUAUUUGUAUAGUUGUAUGUGCAAAACUCGCUACGUAGAUCCACAUGAUACGCAAAAUAAUCAAUAAAAAAACUUCAUUUUAGUUUAGAUAAAUUGCACAUUGUUAUUUCCACCUACACGUUUUAUUACACUUAGAUUAUUCUCUCAAAAUCCCGUAAUAAAAAUGCUUUAUAACUAACAUAGUUAAAUAAGCUGCUGUCACUGUACAGCUAAUAUUUACUCUAUUCUUCUGUAGGUUUAAUCGGGAUUGUUAAUUAUUUUGUUUACAAAAAGAAUCAAGUUCAUCAAUAUUACAUGACAGGAAUAUAUAAAUUCAACUAGUCUGAUAAUAAAGUUUUGUAAUACGGAUUAAAAAUGUUAACUUUUUUUCGGUAACAAACCAACUAAAUCUAAUAAUUAAAUAUAAAAGAAGGCGUGGUGGUCUUGUCAAUCACCUGCAGGCAAGAAACCUGAAGUUCGAUGGUCCCAGCCGUGCCCAUCAAAUAAUUUAUAGAAUGUUCAUAGUAAUUGCUGUUGAUUGUAAAACAUCCAGCAAUCAAAGCUUCUCUGAUGUGCAAUUGUAUUAUAUAUAUUAUUUCAUUAGUAAAAUAAUUCCAUAUGGUUAAAUUUGGAAUUGUAAACUACCAAUCAGAGCGAUAGUCCUAUUAAUGCUCUAGUAGCAAAAUACUUUUUUUAAUAGACAGGACGGGCACAAUUGGACCGAUUUAACAGAGAUCACCAAUUUCCUGACUAGAUAGAGUAAAAUCGGCUUAUUUUACGAUAAAAACCUUUAUUUUUGAGAAACAGUUAUAGAGCAGGCACCUCAAUGUUGUCACGCCCACUGAGGUAUAGGACAUUUUAUCGUUUUAUCGUAGAUGCCCGAUGUAGCAAGAAGAACAUUUUUUUUAAAAUAAAAAUGUGUUAUUAAACAAGCUCUUAUUCAAUUAUUUCUACUGAUGUUGCACCUCUAGUGCGUACUUCUAUAUAUCCUUCAAAAACCACAAAAAAAUAUUAAACAUU